AUGCUGCUGAAAGCAUGGCGCUUCAUCUUAGUGGCGGCAGCAGCAGCGUCCAUGAAGGAAGGCUGUUUCCGUUCUGGCCGCUUGGUCUUCUGCCGCGAAAAUCAUUUCACUUCGCUAAGCAACAGCUCCGAGAAGAAAUCCACACUGAGAGUCGAAAUCACAGUGAAAGACAGCGCAUUGGCUGCGAAGCUUUUGAGUGGUGAUUGGGCACAAGGCGUUUUAGGUGAAGUGGCCAAGGAGAGGCUUAGUUUGCGAGGGGUGGCUUCCUCGAAGAGUUUCACGCAGACUCGACGAAGCUUAGAGGUCUUCUUGCCACACCUAGGGCACUGGGCCAAGUGGAACAUUUCAGAGUGCAGUGUGAAGGAUUGUGGGGAUGGCGGUGUGACCUGGAGCUUGGCAAUCUUGAUGGCCAAGAUGCUGGCUGCUGUGCCUGAGUAUCCUCGUCAGCGUGGCUUGGAGCUGGGUGCUGGCACAGGCUUGGCAUCGGCCACCUUACGUGGCCGUGGUCACGAGGUGGUGCUCAGCGACGGUAGAGACCAAGUCAUUGAAAACCUUCAGAAGAACUGGCCAAGGGCUGACAUCCGUCGAUUUCGCUGGCACGUGGAGGAGGAUCGCCAAGCACUGACCCAUUGGGGGCCCUUUGAUUUUCUGCUGGGCGCGAAUUUGCUGAUGGAUUCCCGUCAUUGUGAUGCUCUUCAUGCGGCCUUACCGUCGCUGCUGCUCCUCAGUCCUGAGCUUUGGCUCCUGGAGCGGAAUCAGUCAGUGCAUGGAUGUGAAUGGCUGCGCUCCGACCGCUGGAAUACCGAGCUGCGGCCCGUGGACGUCAGCCCAACUGCGGAGGUGGAUGGCGAGCGAAAUCCGCCGUGGCUGGUGUCUGAGGCGUCGGAAGCGGUUCAGAUUCGCGUGAGCCGACCAAAAUGCGAUCGAGGCCGUGGCCUCAUUUUCCCCUUGACCGAUGCCGAAGCCUCGUGGGAAGGAUGGGUCAGAGCAACUGUAUACCUGCUGGCGAUGCUCUACCUCUUCCUUGGUGUCAACAUCGCUGCCGACAAAUUUGUUGCGGCUAUUGAGGGCAUCACCAGCACAAAGCGACGAGUGCUGCAGAGGUCUACUGGUCGAGUAAUUACAGUUUGUGUUUGGAACGGCACAGUGGCGAACCUGACGCUCUUGGCUUUAGGCUCUUCUGCGCCGGAAAUCUUACUCUCCGUCGUUGAGAUUAUUGGGAACGGAUGCUUUGCUGGGGAGCUCGGCCCCUCCACCAUUGUCGGUUCUGCGGCGUUCAACUUGUUUUGUAUCAUCGUUGCAGCCUCGGAGCUGGGGCGUCCUGGGCGGGUGGUCUCGGACUUCCUGGAGACCUUGGGCCUCGAGGCCUCGCUGCGUGAGACGUUCCGCGCCGAGUCGGUGGACGGGCGGACCUUGUGCGAGAUCACGGAUGAGGACCUCUCAGGACCGCCAUUUGCGCUCCCUUUCGGCCUGCGGAAGGCAUUGCUGAAGGAGUUGGCACAGCAGCGACGUUUGGAGAGCAGCCGUCAGCCCGAACGUGGCUUAGAGCGUGGACCGUUCCUGGUGAAAGGCGAUCAUGUGGACGGUCCACAACUGAGCCGGGAUGCUUUGGAACGCAUUCGAACCUAUAGACUGGAGGCAUCCACAGGACGAUUAGUUCCACGGCAGCCGCCCUUGAGCGAUGAAGAGCUGGACUGCUGGCAAUAUCAGGCCUCAUGGCUGGUAUGUCCUGUGACUGGAAAGGCCUGGGCAAGAAGCGACGUUGUCUCGACGAUGGGCGUGGCCUUGUACCAUGCACCCAGAUUCUGCUCUGAGAAGGAAAAACAGCGGCUCUUCGUCGAGGAGGAGCAAGCUCGCCGCUACGACGCCCAACGAAAGGCCGAGAUGGACCACAGCGGUACAAGCUUCGAACGUAGCUAUGAGGUUUACCCCAUGGUGGAGCCUCCUCCCUUGGCCAACCUGCCGGUCUCCACGGCAUCAAACGAGCCCGAGAACGCGGAGCAGCUGCAGAGCUUGCGAGCAGAAGUGUCAGGUUUGAAGAGCCGAUCUGCAGCUGUCCAACGACAGAUGUUUGAGGGCUUGUCACAAGAUGGACACUUCGGAGACUUUCAGGAUGUGGGACGCGCUUUGGAGCAGUUGAAGGUGGAGCCGGCGGAUGACGCAGAGCUGGCUCACAAGUUUUCAGUCUACGAGUCGUACUUUGCCAGCGUCGUAGAUCUCCGGGCAGAUCUCUUUGGUCUUUGGGAACGGGGUGGCCCCCUGUUGGCGGCCGCCGAUGCUCAGACCAUGCGGGGUGCCAUUGGUCGUGUGGACAGCUUCGACAACUUAGCGAUUCCUGAGAGGAGCCGGCAUUGGUUUGUGUACCACAUGAUGAGCACUGCCUCCUCCAAUCAUCGAAAGAUGCAAAAGAUCAUGGAAGACUUGGAGGAGCUUUUUGAAGCGGCACAAGACCGACGCACGGCGGGAGAGUCGGAGGAGCUGACGGAUGAUCCUCAGCUGGGCACCAUGGAGGUGAUCAUUGGACCGGCCUUCGAUAUCGAUGCGUACAAUGAUGGAGUGAAGGGAAACCCCUCCAAAGGGAUCUUGGCAGCAGCUGACCGAGGCAUUCUUGAUAUGGAUCGACAAUACAAUGCGGUCAACUUCCAGUAUUUUGCUCAGCAAGCUGAAGCUGGUGUGACUCGUGCUGGCGCCGAAGCCUCCUUCAAGCGACGAUUGUGCACAAGCCGCUUGAGCUUCUACAUCGAGGAGUCGCACGGCUCUCGGAUCUUCCCUCGGAACAUUCUCUCGCAGCUGAGUUUACUCUUCUACAGGCGGAACGAUGCCUUGCGGUUGGCCAAUGGGCAGGUGAACGAGCUGAGGGUCGCUGUUUGCAUUCGCAAGGCCAUUCCUCGGAUGCUGCGAGCCAUUGUACUGGAUGUCUUUCAGGGAGACCGAAACUUCACACCUCACGUCGAAAAAGCAGUCCGAGUCUACCUGGCGUUGCACCAAGUGGCCAUCAAGUUAUUGGCGACAUUCCGGAAGAGCUAUGAGCUUUUGUACCAAUCUGUCUUGGAAUGGAUCCAGCAACCCUUUUGCGCCAAGAGUGAUGCAGAGUGGCCCGAUCUGGAAGAGUUGCUGUUGGGCUCCUCUUUGUGCAGUGUCCCCUGGUCUUUGCUUCGAGAGGCCUUUGUUCGGAAGCUCGUGGUCCAGCUCCUGGAGACCACCACCAUGAACCCCAAAGCGCCCAUCCGUCAACGUGCUGAGCACCUCUUCAACCAACAUCGGAACUUUCUGGAGAGGUUAACCUACAUCUUGUCAUUCUUUCAGGCCGGCCCUGGCAAACUACCUAUCCAGGAGAUGGACAAGAAAUACAGCCGUUGUGCUGGGACUUUACCCAAAGAGGAGCGUACAGCCCUGGUGGAUGCAGCGAAAGAAGGCUCUGGCAUCUCCUCUUUGGUAGACCUGUGGGCAGCUUUAGGUAUGCAGCGGAGCAAGGACACAGAUGAGUCCGCCAUUCUUCAGCACAUGGAGCUCUUCUUUGAUUACCUCCAGAAGAAUGUGGCCGCCUGGCGAGCUGCACCAGGCCCUACACAAAGCUCUGAGGGUCCCGCGCUCCCACCCAGUGCGCUGGAACAGUUAGCCUCCAUUGGCGCAGAGAGCGGUGCGCACGGUUGGCCAUCUUCGACCGGCACCUCACGCCGAGAGCGGGAGAUGCACAACGCGCAACGCCUGGCGGCGGAGAAGGCGCUACAUCAAGGCUUCCCGAAGCUACCACCAUCCAGGAGGCUGGAUGGAACCAUGUGCUACUACUGUCAGAAACGCUUCCCCAGCCGCAUGGCACUCUUCGCGCAUUUGCGUCGCUUGAUCGACAAGGAGCGCUUCGUGGAAGGCCAUCAUCAAGAGCAUUUCAGACUCAAGAUUGGAGGACCCUUCACUUUGCCAUCUACUGGUCCUCACAAAUGCGCAGCAGCCAAAUGUGGCAAGUCUUUCGAAUCCAAGAUGGAUCUGUGCCAGCACUACAACAUAAUGGGUGUCCCUGGCUAUGAGAGCCUUGAGAAUGCAGGAUACACAGAGGAUGUGAAGGCUAAGGCCACAAAACAGCAGGAGAGCCAACACGUUUUGCAGGAGGACAGUGGCGACAAUGGUGUCUUCUGGGUGACUGCGGCCUUCUCCAUCUUCGCUUAUCUCUGGCUGGUCCUUAUUGUACAGGUGACCUCCCCCAACGUCAUUGAGGUCUGGGAGGCCUUGGUGACCUUAGCCUGGCUUCCCGUGCUGAUCCUGGUGUCCUAUUUGACUGACAUUGGGUGGUUUUCUGGAGUCAGGAAGCAGCCGCUGAUUGAGAAGCCCGUGUCACUUGCGUCAGAUGGAGAGGUGCCUUUGGCGACCACACAGACGUCUGGCUCGGCACGGCAAGUAUGGCGGCACGAUCUCAAGCGCUCCAGGGACUACCCUGACUUCUACGAGGGGUCUUGA